UUUUCCAACUGACAACUGCGCCCACCUGUCAUCCCACCCCUCUCGCCGCUUGCUCGCUCCCUCACCCGCCGCCGUCUCGUCCGCAGGGUGUCAGUCGGCCGGCCAUGGCGACGGCGCCUGGAUUAGGCCCAAGAACCGGGCGAUCUGCGGCGACCAUGGCGACCGAUGACUUGGCCGGCGGUGGCAGGGAAGGGGAGCGGGAGGGGGCCCUCGGAUACAUCCUCUCGCUCCCGGCGGCGGUGCUGCCUUUGCCCGUCGCUGUCUCCUGCCUUGACGCCACCGUCCCGCGCAGGCGCGCAGCCGCCCCGCCUCCGCGCCCAGCCGUGCUCCUGUGGACCUUUGAGCUCCCCAUCCCCGCGCCAGAGGAGCCGAAGAGCCUGCCCCCCACAGCGUCAGCAGCCACGAAUCCGACAGAGGAGGCGAGGCCCCCCGACCCCCAUACCCCCGCGCCAGCCAUGGAGAGGCCGGCCAAGAGGGCGAGGAGGUGCUUGCAGUGCGGAGCGACCGAGACUCCGCAGUGGAGGUCGGGGCCGAUGGGGUCGGGCACGCUCUGCAACGCCUGCGGGGUCCAGCUCAAGGCGGCCGGGGCGCUGCGGGAGCAGGUGCACCGGCCCCCGCCGGUGACCGUGAGGACGGUCGCCGAGCCGCCGCCGGAGAGCUCGGUGUCAGACUCGUCGCCGGACUGCCCGAUCUGGGAGCCCGGGCGCCUGCACUGCGGGUCGUCGUCGCCGCCGCAGUGGUGGGAGGGCCCGAUGGGCCGCAGCACGCUGUGUAACUCGUGCGGCGCGCGGUACAGGCAGGGGCGGCUGCUGCCGGAGUACCGGCCGCUGGCGAGCCCCACCUUCGAGCCGUCGGAGCACGCCAACAGGCACAGCCAGGUGCUCCAGCUUCACCGACAGUGGAAGGGCCACCAGAAGAACCAGCAACGCCUGCCAACGGAGGAGCCACAACCCGUGUACCACCCGACCGGCGCGCCACCGUGCAGCGGCGGCGGUGGCCUCGCCUCCUCCGUCGGAUUCGUGGCCGGCAGUGCGCGGGCCCACCGGCGUGCUGGGGGCGCGCCUCGGCCGGCUAGGGAGGGGGCGGCGGGCCGGAGCCGGAGCCGGAGCCGGGGAGGAGGAGGCGGACCGGAGGUGGACGAGUGGUGGCGGGAUGGAGCGCAGCUGGCGGGAUCGGGAUCGGGAUCGAGAGAACGCAGAGAAGAAGGAAAUGAAAAAAAAGUGGGAUCCAUAUUUGGCAGCCCAAAUAAAGAGCCAUCAAAUUAGGGUGUGGGGAGAGAAAUUUGAAAGACCUACCAAAAUAGCAGCCCAUUUGCUUCCCUAGUUAGAGACUGAUUUUUGAUGUCCACGACUAAAUCUUAGUAUGCCAGCCCAUUUGCUCUGCCUGCUGCAGUUUGCUCCCACCGAGGAACGGAACGCCCCUGCAUUCCACUUUUUGAGGACGCCAUUCCGGAACGGAAAUGCGGGGACAUUUUCAUUUCCACAGUGUAAAAAUACAUCCCAAGGGCCAUUCUCUAAUUCUCAUUCCUCGAUCCACUA